GCAAUAACAACAAAGAUACUCUUCAGCCGUGUUUCAAAUCAGUCUGUUCAAAUAGUAUUGCCACAGGUAGUGGCCAAACGAACGUUUUUCGUUUGUGGGCGUGUCACUCAGUUGUGAUUCUCCUACGCGACACAUAUCAAAGCCACACUUAUUAUUUUCUUGUUUCUUUUUUUUUUCUUCGAAGUUGUACUCGGAAGCUAUUUUUGUUUUCUCAAAGAAAGUCAACGCUUUAGAGCGUGCAACACCGCAAAGUCAGCGUGAUGUCAUCGUUGCAAAAUGCGCCGAGUCUGAGUCCGACGACGAGGAAAGGCUUUUCGUACAGCGUUGUGGAGGACGAUGACGACUAUAUCGGUCCUGUCGAGACAGUGAAGGAGAUGCAGCCGCCCCCACGCUCUACCAGUAAACCCAAGAAAAGGACAAAAGACCGCAGCGCAAAAGAAGCAAAGAAGAAGAAAGACCCUGUCCCAUCUUCCGGCGACGAUGAGCCGGUGUACAUCUCGUCAUCGGUGAAGGAGAGCUCCGGUACCAGGAAAGAGGCUCUGGAUCCCAACACCACUGAGGAGGGCUACGCUGAUGAUUUUGAGGAUUCAGUGGAUAGCGCAGACUCCAUUCCUCCGGUAGAGUCUCCCCUGCCGGCGCGAGCUCUCCCACCGGCGCCUACAAGCUCAAAAGCGCUCAUGGCCGAUGUCGUGGCGGAGGAGAAGCGGCUGUAUGCAACCGUGGAAGAGCAGCUACGACUGGAAAAGGAAGAAGUUGCUAGCAGGAUUGCAAAGUGGGAAGCGGAUCAGGCUCAGCGCGCAAACGAAAUGCGUCGUCGCGAAGAGGAGUUGAAGCGGCAAUUGUUAUCGCAGCAGCAGCGGGAGGAGGAGAUGAAGCAGAGACUCAGCGCACUGGUCGAAGAGAAAGUUUCAGAGAGGGUGGCGGCAGCAGCCGUAGCAAGGGAGGCAGCCGCGCCGAAACCUGCGAAACGAGUAGAUCCAGUGACCGCGGAGGGCGAAGAGGAGGAAGUGUUGGACGACGGCGUUGCGGCUGCGGCGGAAGGCGCGGGUGUUGCAAAAACGGAGCUACAACGCCGACGCCGUCGCGAGCACGAGCGUGCCAUCGGUUUGCGCCGCGCCGAAGAGGAAGAGGCGGCACACUCCCUCUUCCAACGUCUUGCACAGGACGUCCGCGAAGUGUUUCACGAGCUGAACCUAUCUGUCGUCGCGGCAGAGAAGGAGCGUCUCAUCAAGGAUGAGCGGUACCGGCGCGAGCGCGAGCUUAAAGACCGCCGCGAAGAGAUGUCGCGAGCGGAGAAGCUGGAGAAGGAACUCAAGGAAAGGGAAGAGCGCGAGGCGAAGUAUUGGGUCACGGCGGAGCAGCGCGAUGAGAAGUUCCGCGCUGUUCUCGAAGAACGGCUGAACAAAGACGAGGAGGAGCGCGAGGCCCGGCUAAAGCGAGACCUCGAAGACCGCGCGACGCGGUUGCGCAACGAGCGGGAGCUUCGAGACGAGAUGGACAAAAUGGAGAAGGAGCGACGAUCCAACGCGGAGGCUGAGACACGCAGACACGACAACGUGAUUCUUGAAGCACAGCUAGGGGAGAUGAAGGCGCAGUAUCGCGCUCAGAUCGAGGAGGUGCGGCGGCAGAUGGAGGCCGACAGUGCCCGCAAGGAGGAGCUGCAGAAGGCCGAGCUGGCAAUGAUGGCGAAGCGUCACGAAGCGGCACUGGACCAGCUGCAGCACCAGUACGCCCAUCAACUCGCGGCACUCGAGGCGCACACCGGCAACACUAGCCGCAUCGAAGCGUUGGUGGAGAGCAUGCAGGAGCAAAUGGAGGCCACCAAGGCGAUGAACGAAAGGCUCAUGACGGAGCGUCUCGCCACUUUGCAGCAGAAAGAGCGUCAGCUAGAGGACCAGCGCGCCGUCUUGGAUGCCAUGACAGCCGACUCCAAAACUACCCAAGAAACCUUAGCGUCGGAGCGGGCACGAGUGGCUGGGCUGUACGCCAAGUUUGAGCUCGCCUUGGCGGCCUUCAGCAAGAACAGCGAGGAGGACCGCCGCACACUCCGCGAAGCACAGGCGCACUACGAUACACUCCGCCAGCAGGCCGAGAAGGACCGCCGACUCAUGCUGAACGAAGUCGCGCAAGAGCGAAAGAUGCUCGAGCAGCAGUUCGAGGAGUUUCUCGCCAAGAAGAUGGAAGCCAUGGCUGAGCUUCAGGCGGAGCGCGUCGCCAUCGCGCGUGAGCGGUCAGAGGCGUCGAUGGUGCGCGAGCGGCAGAACCGCGACGAGACAGAUUUGCUGAAAGCGCUGCACUCACGCGAGGAGGAGUACAAGAGAAAGUUGGAGUCCAUCGAAUCCGAUCGGGAGGCGGCGCUUCACAUGAAGGAAGAGCACAAUCGGCUCCACUCCGCUGCCGUUGCUGAGCGUCAAGCACUUCAGCAGGAGCGGGAGAAAUUCGAGCUAGAAAAGCGGGAGCUGCUGGGUCGUUUUGAGACGAUCCGCAAACGAGCGGAAGACGCCGCCGCUUCUCAGGAGCGGCUUCAAACACGCUUCUUGGGUGAGCGCGCCGAAGGCUACGACGAUGCACUGGUGGCCGGUGCAUUAAGGGGAGAACCGCUGGUGUGCAGCGCAGCUUCGCGCCUCCAAAUGGAUCUGGCCCGGCAGCGUGCCGUCCUGCAGAACAUCAGUUAG